AAAGAUUGGCUGUGCCACUGAAAUACUAACUGGACGAGCGUUAUAGGAUGAGAGAGAGCAUGACUGGGUAUCAGUCCAUUAUAUACGUCAAUGGAUAAGAUCGAAAGAAGAGCUUUAAAUAAUUGCAUUUGAUACUGUGAACAAAUUAUGGAGUUAGCGUGAUAUACGCACGCCGAUACACGAAUAAAUAUAGGAGUUAUACGAUUAUCGGACCCGCGAUUUAUCUACCAACGUCAGGAUGAAUGUCGUCACUGCUUUGAAGUUUUACAUAACAAAGAUGACAGAAGACAGCGGACCUGGUAUGAAGGUUCUGCUGAUGGAUAAACAAACGACGAGUAUAGUUAGCUUAUUGUACAGUCAGUCUGAGAUACUAAUGAAAGAAGUGUACCUGUUCGAACGUAUAGAUACUGCUGUACACAACGACACUUUGAAACAUUUAACAUGUAUAGUAUUUAUAAGGCCAACUAAAGAAAAUAUUGAUCUACUCUGCAAAGAACUUCGAUAUCCCAAAUAUGGAACAUAUUAUAUUUAUUUCAGUAAUAUUAUUGCCAAAGCAGAUAUAAAACUUCUAGCAGAAAGCGAUGAGCGAGAGGUAGUUCGAGAAGUGCACGAAUAUUACGCAGAUUAUUUGGCCGUUAAUCCACAUUUAUUUUCACUUGGGAUAAAUGCCUGUUCCGAAGGACUGUUAUGGGAUCCAGUACAUUUACAUAGAACUGUUCAAGGAAUAACUUCUGUUUUGUUAUCUUUAAAGAAAUGUCCAUAUAUUAGAUAUCAAAACAGUUCUGACAUGGCAAAAAGAUUGGCAGAAAAGAUAAGAGAAGUGCUCAGCAAAGAAUCAAAUUCUUUCGAAUUUAGACAGGAAUCUAAUCCUAUUCUUCUGAUAGUGGAUAGAAGAGACGAUCCUGUUACACCGUUGUUAAAUCAAUGGACGUAUCAAGCAAUGGUACAUGAACUAUUAACAAUCAAUAACAAUCGGGUUAAUUUGUCUCAUGUAAAAGGCAUUUCAAAAGAAUUGAAGGAAGUUGUUUUGAGCGCAGAACACGAUGACUUUUAUGCAAAUAACUUGUAUCUAAAUUUUGGAGAAAUAGGACAAACGAUAAAAGAACUGAUGGACGAAUUUCAAAAAAAAGCGAAAAAACAUCAAAAAGUUGAAAGCAUAGCCGAUAUGAAACACUUUGUAGAGACAUAUCCGCUUUUCAAAAAACUGUCUGGUACAGUAUCCAAACAUGUUACGGUAGUCGGUGAACUUUCAUCUCUUGUAGAAAAACACAACCUGUUGGAAGUAUCAGAAUUGGAACAAGAAUUAAGUUGUCAAACCGAUCAUUCCUCGCAGUUGCACAAGAUAAGAGCACUUAUCGGCAAUCAAAAAGUACGAGAUAUUGACACCGUCCGACUCGUCAUGCUUUAUGCGCUCCAUUAUGAAAAGCAUGCAAGCAAUGAUAUAAACGGUUUAGUAGAAUUGUUGAAGAAGAGAAAUGUUUCAGAUAAAUAUAUUAAGCUUGUAUAUAAUAUACUAGAAUAUAGUGGUGUUAACGCGAGACAGAGUAAUUUAUUUGACCGAGAAGCAGUUGCUAAAAUUACUAAAAAGUUAUUCAAAGGAUUAAGUGGAGUAGAUAAUAUAUACACGCAACAUUGUCCUUUAAUAAAUGAAACAUUAGAGGACUUGAUAAAAGGAAGACUGAGUACACAGGCAUUUCCUUAUCUCGGCAAGAUGAUAAUGUCGCGAAGACCUCAAGACAUAAUAAUAUUUAUGAUCGGAGGUACAACUUAUGAGGAAAGCUUGGCUGUUUAUAAUUUAAAUAAGCAAAAUCCAGGAAUAAAAAUUAUUCUAGGUGGUACCACCAUCCACAAUUUUAAAAGCUUUGCAGAAGAAGUGCAUCAUGCUACCAGCGGUAUUUUGAUGCGAUAUAAAAUAGGAAAACAUUAAUAAUGUUGAUAUUGUCAUGUUCCAAAAUAUUUAUUUUAUUUUGUUAUAUAUUUUGCUAUUUAUACAUUUUAUGUAAUAUCUCCUUCUCUUUCUCUUUGUAUCACGAAUAUAGGAUUCCACACCAAAAUUUUCGAACAUAAAUCUCGGUAUAUUGCAU